GGCUAGGCGGAGUUUCGCGGCGGCGGCGGCGACUGCGCCCGGCUUUCGCCCGCGGGCGACGAGGUCGCUCUGUCCAGCCCGGCGGCGGCGGCGGCGAGUGCGACCCCGGGCGUCCCCGAGGCGUGCAGGGCAGCGAGCGCACUCUCUUGACCCCUCGGCACCGCACCGGAGGCAGCGUCCAGCCAGCAUGGAGAAGGACGGCCUGAGCCGCGCCGACCAGCAGUACGAGUGCGUGGCGGAGAUCGGCGAGGGCGCCUACGGGAAGGUGUUCAAGGCCCGCGACCUGAAGAACGGCGGCCGCUUCGUGGCCCUGAAGCGCGUGCGAGUGCAGACGGGCGAGGAGGGCAUGCCGCUCUCCACCAUCCGCGAGGUGGCGGUGCUGAGGCACCUGGAGACCUUCGAGCACCCCAACGUGGUCAGGUUGUUUGAUGUGUGCACAGUGUCACGGACAGACAGAGAGACCAAGCUUACACUAGUGUUUGAGCACGUUGAUCAAGACUUGACCACUUACUUGGAUAAAGUUCCGGAGCCUGGAGUCCCCACAGAAACCAUAAAGGACAUGAUGUUUCAGCUUCUCCGGGGUCUGGACUUUCUUCAUUCUCACCGAGUAGUGCAUCGUGACCUAAAGCCACAGAACAUUCUGGUGACCAGCAGCGGACAAAUCAAACUGGCUGACUUUGGCCUUGCCCGCAUCUAUAGUUUUCAAAUGGCCCUUACCUCAGUGGUCGUCACGCUGUGGUACCGAGCCCCAGAAGUCCUGCUCCAGUCCAGCUACGCCACCCCCGUGGACCUCUGGAGUGUCGGCUGCAUAUUUGCAGAAAUGUUUCGCAGAAAGCCUCUUUUUCGUGGAAGUUCAGAUGUGGAUCAACUAGGAAAAAUCUUGGAUGUGAUUGGACUUCCGGGAGAAGAAGACUGGCCCAGGGAUGUUGCCCUUCCCAGGCAGGCUUUUCACUCCAAAUCUGCCCAGCCCAUCGAGAAGUUCGUGACGGAUAUUGACGAACUAGGCAAAGAUCUACUUCUGAAAUGCUUGACAUUUAAUCCGGCUAAAAGAAUAUCUGCCUAUGGCGCCCUGAGUCACCCGUACUUCCAAGACCUGGAGAGGUACAAGGACAACCUUCACUCCCACCUGUCAUCCAGCCAGAGCUCCUCAGAGCUGAACACAGCCUGAGGUUCCCCGGGGAGGCCAUGAGCUGGUCAUCUGAACGCGGUGGCUGACGAGUCCCCUAAGCAAGCCUUGCAGAGCAGUUGAAGGCUGCUGGCUAUGGGCCUUCCAGCCGCUGCCUUCUUGAUACGCUCUGCGUCACCAAGGAAACCACCUAGUUGACUUAAAGUUCAGAAAUCAAUGCAAGAGCGAUUGCAGCUUUAUGUUCGUUCACUUGUCUGUCUGUCUGACUGUCUGUCUGUCUGUUUCAAGAACCUGGAAAACUUCCAGAAGAAGAGAAGCUGCUGACCAAUUUUGCUGCCAUUUCAUUUUCUAACCUUGAAUGCUGCCAGUGUUGGAUGGUAAUGCAGGCCCAGCUGAGUGAGGGUGCAAUCUCUGCAGCUGCUGGGCCUGCUUUGGUACUUGUGAGUGUGUGAGAGAGAUCCCUGAUCUCGUGAAGUGUUACUUUCUGUAGACAACAGGAAUAAUUGACUUGUAACGACUAAGGUGACUGACAGGAACAAGGCUUGUUCCGUGACGGUGAUUCACCAGUGUAGUCUGCUCCAGUUAGAAAGGUGAGCCUGUGUCCUUAGCAUUUCCUUUCUAUCCAAAAGCUUUUGCUAGCAGUAAAUGAUACAGUUUUAGACACCACAAAAAAAAAAUGAGAAAGAAAAGGGGAGAAAAGCCCUCGUAUCUUUUAAGACCUUCUGUAAGCAUGCGUUCUUCUGUUUGCUCUUGGGAAAGCUGAAUUUACUUGUUCUGAGUCCUACAUAUAGUACAAUACUUGUUUCUUUUGGGAAAGGCCCUAUAAGCAUUUUAGUACUUGCAAUAGAUUUAGGGAGUGUACCUCAAAUAGGUCUUAAAAAUAGAGAAAGCCUAUAUUUUCUGGUUUGCAAUGUUACUAUUUCCUUUGUCUCUUGUUAUUUUGUUCUUUGUUUUAGGGACUUGCUUCCUGCUCUGAUUUGGAGGUGGUUCUGACAAGACAGGAAGUCCAUUUAGUUUCUCCACCUCCGACCCCGUACUUUGCACCACGCAUUUGCCGUGGUCUGCCUUGUUUGUGGAGUGCAGGCCUUCUGCAUCACCACGCCUCUUAACACAUAUUCCUACCUAACAGAUUGCCUACCUGCCCCACAUAGCACACCUGCCUGCCUGCCGCCUCUCACUGAACGUUUGCAGAUGGCCUUGCUUACGGCUUAGGGCUCCAAUUCUGCAAUCCUAACAGGGUCCCCUAUACCUUCUUAGUGUAGUCUUCCUGCCUGACACCAGUGAGGUCACUUAGGCAGGGUGGAACACUGGUUCUGUGUGUCACCGGCAUCUAGAUUGCUAUCAGCUGUCACUCAGUGUUUUACGUGUUUAUAGAGUAUAUAUUGUCAGUGUGUGUCUGGGGCGGGUGGAUGUCUUUUCCUCUUUUUUAGAGAUAACCACCCCCUAAAGGGAUGGCGCUGUCCAUCCCCAGGGUGUUCUUUUUCUAGUGCCUCGUGCUCGAUCCUGCUUUCUGCGGAGCCAGCCUGUCUUGGGCGUUAUAAACAACUGUACCUAGCUAUUCUCUCUGAGUCCUUCAUAUCCAAUGCCACUUUUGCCUUACCCUCGGGUUUAGUGCACUAGUAAUUAGAAGGCGUAGAAAGCAGCCUUGGGGGGAGGUUAGCUGUGUUUUGAACCGUGUUUGUUUGGAGUGCAUGUAAGUAGAAGCUAGCUCAUGUUUCAGUGUAGAACUUGGAAAGAGUGGAUGGUGUUUCACACAGUAGGGCAGGUUUCAGAUGUGUUCUGAAGCCUUACUGAUGUCUUUGUAGCUGAAGAAAUAGUACAUGUGAUUAUCUUGAAUAGAGGAGAGGUAGAUGCCCUUCCUGAGAGCUUUGGAGGUUGGGAGUCAUUCUUUUCUUUUAAUACACUUUUUACAGUCUUCUGAUUCAGUAUCUUGAGAAACAGAUGUCUUUUUCAAAAGCGAGAUUGAAAAAGAAAGCUAGGCUGUGAGAAUGUUCCAUUGUGCACUUCAUCAUAACAGCACUGGAUGUGUUGCUGUCGCUGUCAAGGCUCCAGGUAGGCUCAGAGCAGUGGACAAAGUCUCCCGAGGGUCUCACCGGGACAGUGAGUUCUGCCUUGCCUUUGAACGAGGUUCAACAUGCAGGCUUUUGCUGGCGCCUAGAAAUCGAACAUAAAACUCACUUCAUCGGGGCCUGGCCUACUCCGUUUUAGAUUAGCAUCCAUGUGAUAAAAUGAAAAGAAAUUUGAGGGCUUUGCUUUUGAAAAAGGAAAAAGGUGGUCCCUCCUCCCCCAUAACUUUGUUCAAGGAAAAUACAGCUGUCUUAAACUGGAAUCUUUUGGUAUUCUUCAGAAUAAUGAAGUUCAAACUUCAUUAUUGUCAUCUGUUUUGGGUUUAUUUCUAAGUAGGCCUUUUUGGGGUUUUUUGUUAUUUUGGUUGUUUUUCUGCUUUUUGUUUUUCUGUUUCUGGGGGUAAUUUUUUGAGGGUUUUGUGACAGGGUUUCUCUGUGUAGCCCUGGCUGUCCUGGAACUCAUGUAGACUAGGCUGUCCUUGAAUUCAAAGAGAUCUGCCUGCUUCUGCCUCCUGAGUGCUGGGACUAAAGGUGUGUGCCACCACCACCCUGCUAUCAGUAGUGUUUUUAAAUCACAAGCAUUUUGGUAUUAGAAACUUGGCAUAUUGUGCCAGGGUGGUGCAGAAAGGCAUCCAGCCUCUCUCUGGCCUUCACAAUGCUGUCCCGGCUCUUAGUUCAUGGAGUUGAUCUCUGGAUGUAUGUCUCUCCAUCAAGCUCAUGCUUCUGAAACCCAGUUUCCAUACAAGGAGCCGUGGUGUGCAGGCCCUUGGUAGCACAUGGAAUCAUAAAGAAUAAAGGCAUGGUGAGUAGGGCUCACCGUCUGUGGCCGAUGGUUUCACACACCUUUGUCACUGAGAAGAUCCUGCUGCCCCAGGGUUCUGCUGAAACAGCUUUUAGUUAGGAAAAGCGGGUUUGAAAUCACAGUAGGAAUAGUGCAAGAAUGUGCCUGUUUGCUUCUCUUCAGGAUUUGGUUCCAAGGGUCCUAGGAUUUCGGGACUGAUGGAGUUGUAACAUCCUCUUCAGAAACACAAAGGGAGAUUUUCCAAGUAGUCCCCAUAGGCUCACAAGCUACCUUGUGGCCUCGCCGCCACACCCGCCCUUAGAAACACAGUUCGUGAGCACCCAGUGGGCUGCAACCUCCCACUUUGUCCCUUUUUGAAGAAGAUGGGCGCUCAAGCAACGGAGAAACUGUUUAAUUAGCUUGGGACCAUUUCUGCCCCCAGUUUCUCACGAUUUUUUCUCAGGACCCACUCAAGGAAUAGCAGAUUUGAAUUUAGCCCCAGGUGGUUUACUAAAAGCAGCUCAGAAGUCCUCACUUAAAAACUGAGUCUCCACAUGGUCGUUUUUAGUGAAAAUGGAAAUUCUGGGUGUUGCUAUCUCAAACACAGUGCUUCCCUCUAAUUCGGGGGGUGAGAGGGGAUGCUAGCUAGCCAACUUGUUUGAGAAAGUCAACAGUACCGAACAGUGUGAACUUUAAGGUGUGUCCUGACAUUGUUUUUUAAGCCACUUCUCUUUGUGCCUGCUAAAGUCAGUUUCAGCCAUUCUCAUUGUGGGAGUUAAAUCAUGUAAACUUUCUAACAUCAUGCUUGUACUGAGUCUUCUGUCCAAAAAACUGCUCCUCUAGAGAGAACCUUAAUAUCCACCCUCUUCCCUGACAGGGUUUCUCUGUGUAGCCAUAGCUGUCCCGUAACUCACAUUAUAGACCAGGCUGGCCUCGAAUUCAAGUAGCUUCGCUUGCCUCUGUCUCCUGCUUGUGGGGACUAAAGGCAUAAAGCCACCAACCCAGCUGACUAUUUUUGAUAAGCACCAAGUGACUCACAUUUUCUGAAAGCACGCACGCUUUUCUUACACAGUUGGGUCCAGUAAGAAUAGCACUAAGGCUCCUUACCACUGUGACAGAUCGACAGCCUGCCGAAGAGCGCAUGCCUUACACCGCAGUAUGAUUUUUAAAACCUUUAAAAAUUACAAAAUAGUGGGAACAAACACAGGCUACUCAACAUGUGUUUUCAAGCUUACAUACAUUUUUUGAAUGAGACACAUUUGCCUUUAAGUGUAUUCUAAGGAAAACCUGAAGACGUCAUCUAACACGGGCUUGGCGUGUCAGAAAAUCACAAAUUUCGUGGAGACGCACAGAAACCCUGGCAUUCUUUCCUCGUUUCAUAGGAAGAAAGCAGCCGUCUGAAGCUGUACUCACUGUAUAUACGUGCCUAAGAAUAUCCACUAUAAAUAUGAGAGUUUAAGUGGCAUUUACCUCCUGUGCCGACGAGAGUGGACAACUAUAAGCCUUAUCCAAAAAUCCUUUAUCCUUACAUCUGGGUACACAGUGAAGGAGGUGUUCCUGUGUUCAUUCUCCGCAAUGGGAGAGCCUUGUGCUACCAAACCCUGGUGUAGGGUGUGAGUCCCGGAAUGAUUAGUAGUAGAGGUCCCUCAAAUGCAUGCGAACACAGCACCUUCGUCUUCAAGCAGCUUCCUGUCUAGUUAUACAAGCCGGGCUGGCCUGGUACCUACAGCCUCGUGCCUCUCCCAAGUGCUGGUUUGCACAUCUCAAGCUAAUUUGGUUUGGCUUUUGGUUUUGUUGUUGUUGUUGUUUUAGGAAUAACCUGCCCUACUGUCUUCUGAAAGAGAGGGGUUUAAUUUUUGUUGUUUUGUUUCUUUAUUUUUCAAGACAGCACUUCUUUGUGUGGCCCUGGCUGCCCUGGAAAUCUGUCUGUAGACCAGGAUGGCCUCGAACUCACAGAGAUCCUCCAUCCUCUGCGUACCACCCCCCCCCCAGUUCAAUUUUUAACUGUUUUCCUCAAUUUGCUGUUUUGAGUUUUCCUAGUGGAGUACUGAAUUGCCUUUUUCAGAUGUUUCUGCUAGGGUUUUCAGCAAGUUAUAUCCAUGUCUCUGUUGUCUGGCCCCCAAGAAAAUAGCCACCUGAGAAUAAAUGCAGGCUUUUCCUCAAGAGCUUACAGAAAUGUUAUUACAACAAUUCCAAAUGGUGAGAAUAGAAGGUAAUUUGGUUGGGGCAGAAGUCUAUUAAAAUUCACAGGGCCCUAAGAUUUGAGGAGGGUUUUCUUGUUGCUAUAUUCCAGUAUGUUCCACAAGGUGGUGCUCUCGGAGAAAAAUCUGACCAAGGCUAAAGAGGUACUCCAAAGAUACUACUUCAACUUUUGUUUUCACACAUCUUUAACUGCCAUCUAGCAUGUUUCUUCAUGUAAUUAACAGCCUUUGUAUUAUUCUUCAGCUUAUGCAUUUUGCUUUUUAGCUAGGUUCUGGGUGACUAAAUUAUGCUUGAGAAGGACAUGUAAGAGAUAAAGGGAUGUCUUCACAGUUACUUAGGGGACAUUUUUGAGGCACCCAAAUUACCUGCAGUUCUUGGCUAUCCAGCUACUUCCCUGAAGUCAACCCUUGUCUGUGACGAGGAUAGCUUUGUUGGAAACACAAGGCUCUUUUAGGGGCCCCAGUCAGGACUCCCGUCUCCCAUCUGCUGCUUUCAACCCUCGGUGGCCCUUUGACAAUGAUUCAUUUCCAAAUUCAAGUGAGCAAAAUAGGUAGUACGCCAGUAAUUGAGUUCACAAAAACCUUUUCUAAAGAACUGCAGUGCUGAAACAGCUCUACAUAUUCCGAAAGAACUGGUAGACUUUCCAAUCGGAUAAACCACGAGUGUAAACCCUUCAACUCCGAUUCUUAAAUGCUGGGUUUAAAUAUAGAUGAACCAAACAACUCAGGAUGGAAUCUAUACGAGGCUUUGGUUUUCCCGCUGUCAAAGUCAGUUUUAUACUACAUUUUUAACUCAGCUUUCUGCUCAGAGAGCCAUCCCCCCCAAGCCAGUGAUUAUGUGGUUCAGAGGGGAUAAACGGACAGUAUUUUAGUUUCUGUGGCACACCAUGGCAGAAAGCAGUUGAUUUCUUCCGAGACACGCGCGUACACGCACACACCACCUGCUUGACUUCACACCACAGUGGCAGGCAGGCAAGCCUCUGUUAUUUACACUGAAUCAAAAUGCUAUCCAGACCAGGCACUGCCAAGGCCCUGAGUACUCCCUGGCGCUUUCACCCCUCUGCCCUCACUGAGGGAGAUUCCAGGCUAAGCCCCUCAGUGAAAGGCCAAGCUUCCCCUGGGUCUGCUCUUGGCAGUCAUUCUGACGCUGCUGAAGCUGAGACCCACUAGGCAGAAUGACAGGGACGGGCAGCCGAGCCAGGCCCAGAGGAUGUUGUGGGAGGCCCGGGAGGCCCUGCUGCUGCUCAGAGCCUCGUGUUGCGCCGUCUUGGGAAGCCGGGCAUCCUAGAAGCACAUGACUGGCCUCCGAGCAUCAGUAAUCACAACACAGUUUACUUGCUAGCUCAGGUGUAGAGACGUAAUAGAUGCUGCUCUGCAAGCCCCAGGCCAGGUGUCUCACGCUCAAAAGUUUGGUUGUUUGUUCGUGUGUUUGUUUUAAUUUCCCUGUGUUCAGUGUAUAGUUUUGCAAUGGGGAUUUCUAUUUUUAUUUUUCUGUUUUCUAUCCUGCUACAUACAUGGUGGCAAAAAAAAAGUUAUUCCUGGAGAUGUUUCAUUUUGAAAAACUGUUUUCUGCUUCAUUUGGCAAAAGCGUGUAAUUCUUUAGUUUCGAUUUCUUCUCUUUUCUUCUCUAAUUAUCCCUGGAACAGAAGGAGGGUUUCCUAUUUAGAGGAAGCUCUGUGUGGACUGUUGGGUAACACAAAUAAUCAACACGUUUAGGCUGUCAGAUGUGGGGUUGUUUAAUUUCAGGAGACACGUGGCCGCACAUUGACUGGCAGACUUAUGUCUAGCCCUAAUCAAGCACAGGGCCACAGAGUUCUGUAGUCCCUAACUCAGGCAGGGAUCUAGCCACAUUCUGCUGAUGAGCUAAGGAGAAGAGUCUCCCUACCCCCAAGUUGGCAUUCUAAUCUUCAGUUCUAUAAAAUGCAAUAAUGUGUAUUAGCCAGCUAUAUUUCUGUGUUCACCAGCAUCUCUGAGUUUGACCUUAAGUCUCUGAGUGAUUAAAAUAGAUCCUAUCAUUUCUUGACAUUACUCCCCAAAUCAUGUAUCUUUUCACUAUGUGUAGCAGUAUAUUCAUGUAUACUUCAGUUCUUACCUGUAUUCAUUGUUUUCCUAUGAACAGUAGUAGAUAUAUUAGUACUUGGAAUUAAUGGUGUACUGGGAACAGCACUUAGCAGAUGGGGAAUUUUUUAUCAAGUUCCACAUUUACAUAAAUUAUUUCUAUUAUUCAUGCCUAUUAUUUAUUGAUAACCACACCAGUCCUGUGAAGUCAGGUGCAACUAAAGGCCGACAUCAGGACUUCGGGUUUAAUGCUCAUUAUCAUGGUCUUGAUGGUAUGGUGUUAAGGAGACAAAAUUACAGUGAUAACCCCAAAUAAGCUGCAUCAAGUUUAACAUGAUUAAAUUUUCAGUUGGUUAGGUGUAGUCCUUUUUUGGUGUCUAGGCAUCUUGUUGUGUUAAAAGAGGCAAAGCCACAGCCUUGAAGCUGUUGCUCCUGGCAGGUGUGUGUUUAGUAUAGUGUAAGAGUAAUUAUAGCAAAUGCUAAGGUAGAGAAGCGUGUAGAGAUUGCCUUAAUGUGGAACUGCCUCUGUGCCAGGUGGCCGGCAAAGUGGAUGCCAGGCAGAACGAGCAUCUGUGAAAAAAGCUUCUCUUGUAGGUGUCCCAUGCUGUGGUGGGAACAGGCGGUACUGUAGAGAAGGGAGCCGAGUGUGUGUGGUGGGGGGGGGGGUGCUGUGGAGAAGAGAGCAGAGUGUGGGGGGGUGGGGGGAGUGUCUGUAGAAACAGAACUGCCAGCUUCUGCCUUGAGGCCUCCAGAACGUGUUUUCAGAUUCCAGGCAACUUUGCUGAACACAGAAACGGUCCGUCUUCGGAUCGAGUGUUAUCUGGGAUCUUAACAACUAGAAAUUCCCAACAGCUCAAAAGCCUGUUGUGUUUCUGCUGUUUCUGGUCUGAGCUGAAGGUUAAUGGGCAAGUGUUUGGUGUAGAAGAGGAAUGUGUGUCAGGUCACAGUGCCACGUCCCGGAGUGUAUGUUAGCGGUAGGGACUGUUACAGGGUUGAUUUCUAGAUGUGUAGGUAUGUUUUCACCAGAAGGUGUGUUUUGUGUCUGUAUUCCCAUACAGACUGGUUAAGACUUGCUUCUAGGCUUUAGGAAAGCUGUUGUACACAGUAAGCUUGUUUGACUUAAUCUUAGAAUAGAAAUGUCUAAAGGUAAAAAGAAAGCCUCAUUUGGACAUGGUUUUCUGGACUGAAAUCACGGUCCUAGAUUUGUAGAGGUCAUACACAUAAUAGAUGCUAACCUAGGCUGUGUGAGCCAGCCCCAGAAGUCCAGCGUCCCCACACUGCACAGCCCACCCCUGCAUCUCUCCCUCCCUUGCCCUACCCUGACUUGCCCCUUUGGUGCUCUCCACCUCCUUGGCUGAGUUUUGGGCAUCAAGCAUGUGAUGAGAAAGACUUUGGGCACCAAGUAUGCUUGCCUAAGCCUAGCCGCCACCCCCACUUUGCCUUUGACUGGCCAUAGUCAUCGAGAGAUAAUACCUGAUGCCAGGCACAGAAUGUACUCGUGACGUCAGUCCUAAAUGCCCCCUGGCGUAUUCCUGUGCGCCCUGACCUUUAAACCCAGUCAUUAUGCAGAGUGUUCCUUGUUGGCUGUGGUCCUAGGUGAAAAACAUCCCAGGCUGCUGUAUGCUGUCCAUCUACAGGCCCUGCUUUCGCUGUGUUUCUUCAUACUUGAAACUAAUUCUGCUAUUUUGAUUUCACGGUGCAGACAUCAGGGCACAUUCCCUCAAGGUGCAUAAUUACUCUCAUUCCGUUUGCUCAUACGGCUACAGGAUGCUUUGUUUUGGUGCUUUGGGUUCAGCAGGUCAAAGAAGCAGUGUGGGCGGUCAGUGCCCAGAACACAGUCUUGGACGCACUGGGCGGGAGUCUCGGUGUAGGUGUUGCUCCUGCUCUUCUCUCUGCCCUCUAGGUGGGGUUACCAGGUCGGACGGCCAGGUCCACUUGGGGACCUUUCUUUGAAAGGUCUGUGGACCACGUGCUGUAUACAUGCUCUCUAGAUGCCCUGUCUAUUUCAGGUUACUAACCCUCAUAAAAAAUGAUCCUAGGGUAUAUAUAGCAAACUAAAGGACGGGCCAAGUAGACCUGUGUCACUCAAAUGAUACACAUACCCAAUUCCACACAGGAAGCCCUCCUGAGGUUUAAAAAGCAUAAAAAGAUAUCUCUACGGUUGCCCUUCGCGGUCCAGAGCUGAAGGCUUUUGCUCCCUUCCUUUGAAGCGGAUGGAAAUCUGGUCAGUUUAUCCAAGUCCCCCCCACUUAGAAGAAUGGGCAAAUAGAGGUGUGUGUUGUAUCGGUGUCAUCCGAAGACCAUGACUCCUGUGAAAUCUCCCAUCACUAGGAGUCCAUGUUUAAAAGCAGCUUGGGGGUGGCGGGGGAGACUCCAGGCAGGCUUCUUAACCGGGAACUUCCCUGGAGAGGGAGGGCUACAGUGUUCAUUCUGUGUCAGUGGGAGAGGAAAUGGGCAGGAAAUCAAGAGGGUUACAGAUCAAUACUCCUUUGGAAACUGGAUUUCUUACUGGGUGCUAGACUGCAAAUUUAGGUAUUUAUUGUCAGGUAAUUGAAUUCGUUGCUUUUCAAAACCAUUGUUCAAAUGUCACUAUCCAUUGGAUUCCCUUGUGUGCCAGCUGAAUUGGUUGAAGCAAAACCAGAAAAGUGGUUUGUACAUUUGUCGUACCUUUUGUAUUUCUUACAAUAAAAAUGUUGGUAGCAAAUAAAAA